UUUCAUAUGUCUAUAUAAAAUUAAUAUUUAAGUGGUAUUUGUAGCUGAAUACUAUUCGGUAAUGAAGAUCUUUUAUUGUAUUUUUUUUAUCCUUUCUGCAAGCGCAAUCGCCGCUGGCCGGGAUGAGUUUCACACUAAAGGAUUCUAUCCGAAACCAAGUAACAAAUUUGGCAGAGAUUACAAAGAAAUAAUUAUACAUGGGCAAAAGGCUGACAUUAGAGACUACCCUUAUCAAGUGAUAUUGUAUUAUAACAAUUACGCUAACUGCGGAGGGUCAAUUAUUGCAGAACAAUUCAUUCUGACUGCUGCUCGUUGCCUUCAUAAGUAAGUAAAAUAACAAACAUUAAAGUGCUUAUAGAUACAUUGUAUACAUUGACAGAAAUGCCAAAAGAAUUUCCUAUAAAAUUUAAAGCUAUUUUCUAUACAAGAGUUGCAGUGGCGGAUUAAUAAUUGUGUCAAACGUGAUCCCUAAAUAAGCCAUUUAUUUUACAUGGACAUUCCAGC